AUGGUUAGAAAGUGGGAGCUCCUUGAAAGCAAAAAUCGUUUUUAUUGCGAUGGACGCUGUUUAACUGGUCGCGAUAUUGGAGUGUUGAUUCUUGCUCUUUUUUUGAUUAUUGCUACAUCAGGACUAUUCUUUGCAUUCGAUUGUCCCUAUCUAACUCAACGACUCAGUCCAGCUAUACCAAUUUUUGCUGCUAUUAUAUUUCUAUUUGUUAUUAUAUUUAUUUUUCGUACAGCCUGUUCCGAUCCUGGUAUACUUCCACGAGGAACAUCAGACGAAGUACUCUAUCAUGAACGAGCAAAUCUUUCAAAUAGUCCACAGAAUGUUGCAUUACCAGGUCGAACACUUGACGUUCGAAUGGAAAGUGGACAUGUGAUUCAAUUAAAAUUUUGUUCAACAUGUAAAAUUUUUCGACCACCACGCGUAUCACAUUGUUCAUUAUGUGAUUCGUGUAUUGCAAAUUUCGAUCAUCAUUGUCCAUGGGUUGGAAAUUGUGUUGGCCUACGAAAUUAUAGAUAUUUUUAUUUAUUCUUAUUUUCAUUAUCAAUUUUGUGCGUAUAUAUAUUUGCUUUUAAUAUAACAAAUAUUGUUUUACGAGCUCAAGAUAAACCAUCAUUUAUUGAUGCAAUUCGAGAUACACCAGCAACAGUAGUUGAAGUGAUAAUUUGUUUUUUUUCAAUUUGGUCCGUUGUUGGUCUUUGGGGAUAUCAUACAUAUUUAAUUUGUCGUAGUGUAACAACAAAUGAAGAUAUUAAAAAUACAUGGAAUACAGCUCGUCCAGGUGUGACUAUGAAAAAUCCUUAUUCAAAACAAAAUUCAUGUGUGAAUUGUUUUUCAACAUUAUGUGGACCAUUACCACCAAGUUUUCUUAAUUUAAGAGCUAUAGUAAAACCAGAUGAUCAUACUAAUAUGAGAAAAAAUAACAUGAUGAAUAAUAAUAAUAAUAAUAAUGUUGAAGAAAUGAUACGAUAUCAAUCUGAAGAAAAUCGUCGUACAAAUAAUAAUGUACGAGUAUAUGCAACAACAAUCAAUCCUUAUUCCGAACAAAAACAACAUCGUUAUCCACCGCGUGAUUAUGUUUAA